CCUCUCUCUAGUCCCGCCGGGUCCCGGGGUCCGGGCCGCCCGCCGCGAUGGCGAGCCCCCGGAGGAGCGUCGAGGGACGGCCGCUGGGCGCCUCCGUCUCGAGCAACACCAGCAACCCCGGCAGCCCGGCCCAUGGCGGCGGCAGCAGCGGCAGGUUCGAGUUCCAGUCCCUGCUCAGCAGUCGAGCCGCGGGCGUCGACCCCACCAGCGCCCGGCUGCGCGCGUCCGAGAGCCCGGUGCACCGGCGCGGCUCCUUUCCAGUGGCCGCCGCGGGCUCCUCGCAGGCGCCCCCUCCUUCACUGCCCGAGGAGGACCGCAUGGACCUGAACCCGUCCUUCCUGGGCAUCGCCUUGCGCUCCCUGCUGGCCAUCGACCUGUGGUUGUCCAAGAAGCUGGGGGUGUGUGCAGGGGAGAGCUCGUCUUGGGGUAGCGUGAGGCCCCUUAUGAAGCUGCUGGAGAUCUCGGGACACGGCAUCACCUGGCUGCUGGGCACCCUGUACUGCCUAUGCAGGAGCGACAGCUGGGCUGGGCGCGAGGUGCUGAUGAACCUACUCUUCGCCCUGCUGUUGGACCUCCUGGUGGUGGCCCUGAUCAAAGGGCUGGUCCGCAGGCGCCGACCGGCCCACAAUCAGAUGGACAUGUUUGUCACUCUCUCGGUGGACAAGUACUCCUUCCCCUCGGGCCAUGCCACAAGGGCCUCCCUGGUGUCCCGGUUCAUCCUGAAGCACCUGGUACUGGCCAUUCCACUGAGGGUGCUGGUGGUACUGUGGGCCUUCAUCUUGGGUCUUUCCAGGGUCAUGCUGGGGAGGCACAAUGUCACCGAUGUGGCUUUUGGCUUUUUUCUGGGCUAUAUGCAGUACAGCAUCGUGGACUACUGCUGGCUUUCACCCCACAAUGCUCCGGUCCUCUUUAUACUGUGGAAUCAACAGUGACACCAUCUCAUUGAUUAUGGCAACAGGAGAGCUGAAAGUUUCCACAAUUUGAUGAUGCCAGCCUAAAUCAGCCACCAUCCCACUUGCCCCUCUUUCAGGCUUCCUUAGGAUUUCAGAUAUCCCACCAUCUUGAUGUGUUGCUAGGCCAGAGCACGUGCUAGCCCUUGGAAGACAGCCAUAAAAAGGGAAGCAAAAAGAAAAAAAAAAAUCUAUUGUAUAUUUAUUCAACUGUUUAUAUCUCCAGGACAAUAGCAAAGAAACCAAGCUGGGGUGGUUAUACUGUUGCUGGUUUUGACAGUAGGAUUUGUGUUGUAUAGUAAUCCUGUAAGUUAACAUCACUUGUAAAUUGAAUUUUUGAGAAACACCAUCUUCAUUCCAUAAAUAUAUGAGCAGAUAUUUCAUGUACUAAUCCUAGUCCUUUUUCUGAGUUAGACUUUAAGCAGUACUAAAAGUCUUUUUAAGACAAAAGUUUUUCUAGUUUAUUCCUUGAAGAUUUGUUGCCACCAUCAGGGAGAUUUCUUCUUAAUCCUGAUUUUCUUGGUAAGCCUUUUUACUUUAUUAUCUCUUCCAUCUUUGUGGACUAGGCAGUGAGAAAGAUUAUAGUACUUUCUCUCCUUUCCCUACACCCUUUCAAAAGGUCUUUAAAUAUUAUUUUCCAGUAUUCUCUAAUACUGUUUUUUACCACUCAGAGGACAAAUCAAGAACUACUUGAAGAAAUACUUAAAAGGUGGGCAUGUCUAAGGUGCCCACAGAAAAGUAAGUAUGAGACUCUGGUUUCAUGUCUAACUCUAUUGACAACCAAUAGCAUGGCACAACAGAGGACAGAGAAGCUAAGCUGCUGGGGAAAGUCAAAAGAACUGAGAAUUUAGGUUAUUAUGUCAAUGACCAGCAUGGCAGGAGAUGAGACUCUGCUGCCCAUCAUCUCUACUGAAUAAAAAAUAACAUUCCUCUAUCCAUAAAUAAAAAAAAGGAAAAUAAUGUGAUUCUUUUCAAUGUAUGUGCAAAAGCUUUUUCAUAUAUACCAUGAGGAUGACCCUGUAUUCUAUAGUUUUAUAAAUGGAAUUCCGUUUUCCUGUAUAAAGCAUAGUUUAUGUAACAGUAUUUAACUUGAAAUUCACCAGGGGAGCUUGCUGCUAUAUCAGACACUAGGUAAAACUCCUAAAUUUCUGUUUACAUUGACCUUUACAUUUAAAGCUGUUCAUCCAUGUUGCCUCAAAUCAUAAGACCAAAGACUACCAAAUGCAUGGUAGGCUUUACUCAUUUGACCUAAAAAGAGGUAUGUGCUUUAAAUGUUGCUCUACCUGAAAAGAAAGCCUACUUUUGGAACUAAUGUCUUCAGAAAAUAAUGACCAAUUAUUUUGGCAUUUAUAAAUAGAAGGACUAUGGACUUUAAGAGAUGCAGACAGGAACCUGGAGAAUGACUGUGAUAGAUAAGUAGGUUCUGAUUGGGGGGAAGCAUGAACUUUCUGAGAGUGAGAGGCACACUUAAAAGAGGAACGGCUACUCCUAAAUAAAAUAAUUCACAUUUCCACAAUAUCCUGAACACGAACUACCUCUUCACUUGCUGAAUCAGCCAACAGUGAAUCUCUAAGUGGUUUUGGGUUUGUUGUUCAAUCUUAGAUCCUUCAUAGUAACUGCAGCAAUAUUCAGGCCAGAUAUUUGAAAGCAAUUGUAUUUCUUCUUGCAGUGUCCACAAGUCUGAAUAUUGGGGGCUUAACUUCCAGUUUGUAGUUAUACUUAUGGAAUUCCCUGUUUUAGCUGUUGGGAUCUGAGUUUGCUGGCUUUUAAAGCACAGAUCAAUUCAACUGAUUUUCUGGAACAUCCUAAGUACUGUAGAAUAGACAACUGAUUUCAUUGUUAAUUAUACACUGAGGAAUGCCUUUUAAAAAUCAAAAUAAAAUUAACCAAUAAUUUUGUUAGAUGAAAACUUAAUUUUUGCCUGUAUGUAAGAAAUAUCACUUGGCUUCUCUCCAGAGAUUCUUCACCUUCUGCAGUUUUGAGAGCUUGCAAUUAAUAAAGCACAAUUGAUAUGG